CCGUCACUCACAUCUUUGUGAAGUCACAUGUCCCUGGCGCCAUAGCAGCGGGCGGGGCGGGCAGCGGCUGAUGACAGGCUGGGCACAGCGGUCCCCACGCUGAGGAGCAGCAGUGCCCCGGCAGCUGUGAGGUAGGAGGCUCCGGGCGCCAGGGAGGAGUGGACCUGCCCUCCCGCUUUCACCGUCCUCAACUGCCCGACAAGAAGCGCGGCGGCGGCGGCGGACUGAGCCUGCGAUGCCUGGUAGCCGCGGAGACCGGGGCUCACGGCGGGCGAUAUAGGCCGGAAUACCCCUUUAUGGGCUAAAUGAAUGCCAGAAGAGCAUCCCCUUGGCUUACGUUUGACAUCUGGAUAUGUGUUUUCUGCUGCUUAGCAUAAUGUAAUCUGCUGCACCAUUCCCUACGAUGUGAUGGAGGUACUGGAAGAAGAGCUGACAUGCCCCGUCUGCUGCAGCCUUUAUGAUGAUCCUCGGGUUUUACCUUGUGCACAUAAUUUCUGUAAAAAGUGCCUGGACGGUGUGCUCGAUGGGAAUUCCAGACAGAUAUGGAGACCAGUUUUCAAAUGUCCAACAUGUCGUAAAGAAAUCUCCACGAUGGGUGUGAAUAGUCCUCAAGUGAAUUAUUUAUUGAAAGGAAUUGUGGAGAAGUACAGUAAGAUGAAGGCGACUCCAAAGACACUGGUGUGUAAGGUGCACGCGGGUCAACCCCUCAACAUCUUUUGCUCUACAGACCUGAAGUUGAUCUGUGGGUUUUGUGCCACUAAUGGCAAACACAAAGAACACAUCUUCUCCUCUAUCGAUGAGGCCUACAAGCAGGAGAAAAGUUCUUUUGACUCCCUUUUUCGGACUUUGGAGGAAAUUCAGGGUAAAGAUAUGACUCCUCGCCUGGAAACCCUGGAGACAAACAAGAAAAAUACCCUCCAUUUGUUGACGACCAACUCGGAUAGAGUCAAGGAUUAUUUUAAAAAGUUACAGGGUUUGCUGGAACAGAAAAAAAACGAAAUCCUCUCAGACUUUGAGACCAUGAGGCUUGAAGUCCUGCAGGCGUAUGACCCUGAAAUCAAUAAGCUCAACACCAUUAUCAACGAGCAGAAAAGGGCUUGUGUCAUUGCCAAAGCUUUUAAGGACAUCUCUGAUCCAAUGGUAUUCCUCCAGCAGAUAGAGGAAUUUAGAGAAAAAGUUGACUUUCUCAAGGCUCCUUUGCCAUCAGCUUCGGAUGUGACCGUCUUGUCUUACAUGAAAAAUUUUGACACUGACAUGUGGGAUAAUAUAAAACUAGGCGAUGUGGAUAAACUGUGCUUGCCUCAGGAAGCCCCCGCAAAACCAGAACGACAACAACCAAAACCCUCAUUCUCCCGCCGGGUGGUAGCUGCAGUGUGUCUCCUCCUCGUUGGACUAUCGGUGGCUUUUUGUUCAUGGCCUCUUAACGAUUUCUUAAAGACAUGUGACAUCUCUAUUCGCCAGGUGUAUUUUUAUGCAUCACAUGUUGCUGUGCAAAUAGUGGAAGAAGCGUCUGUUUAUUGGGAGCUGUCUGUAGAACAAAUUUUUCUCCUUUCGAAAGUGUUAAAAUCUUACGUCAUGAUGUUUCUGGAGCAUGUGGCACAUUUUGCCUGUAAAUAUAAAUUGUAACAAUUC